AAUCCUAAAUCAGUUAUCUCUAAUCUCUUUUACUUAAACACACUAUACAAAAACAUCAUAGUACAACCACCUGAAACACUCCGAACAAGAAAAAAAAAAAAUGAACAAAAAGAAGCUGAAAAUUCUUGUAUCUCUCUUUGCUCUCAAUUCAGUCACUCUCUAUUUCUACUUCUCUUCUCACCCUGAUCACAAAUCUUCGCCGGAAAACCGCUUUUCCUCGCCGGAAAAUCACCUCAAUUCCCAUUCCUCCGUCGCCGGAAAACCACCUCAGUCAAAACCAUGGCCAAUUUUGCCUUCUUACCUCCCUUGGUCUCAGAACCGUAAUGUUCCUUGGAGAUCUUGCGAAGGGUAUUUCGGAAAUGGGUUCACUCGAAAAAUCGAUCUUAUCAAGUCCACGCCGGAGACUCACCGGAAGUUCGCCGGAAACACCCUUUCCGGCACCGCCAGAUACGGAGUCGGAGGGUGGUUUAGGUGUUAUUUCAGUGAGACAUUGCAGAGUUCGAUAUGUGAAGGAGGAGGAAUAAGGAUGAAUUCGGAGAAAAUAAGGAUGUCUAAAGGAGGAGAGAAAUUGGAGGAAGUAAUAGGAAGGGGAGAAGAAGAAGAGUUACCAAAUUUCAAAAAUGGAGCAUUUGAGAUAAUGGUUAAUGAAAGAAAAAAAAUUGGGGGGAAAUUAGUUGAUGAGGAGUUUUUGAAUAAGUAUUUACCUGAAGGUGCAAUUUCAAAGCAUACUAUGAGGGAAUUAAUCGAUUCGAUUCGAUUAGUUAGUGCUAAUGAAUUUCACUGUGAUAAGUGGAUUGAGGAGCCAACACUUUUGAUUACACGAUUUGAGUAUGCAAACCUUUUCCACACAAUUACUGAUUGGUAUAGUGCAUAUGCAGCAUCCAGAGUUACCGGCCUGCCCAGUCGGCCACAUUUGGUUUUUGUAGAUGGCCAUUGUGAGACACAACUGGAGGAAACAUGGAGAGCACUGUUUUCAAGCCUCACUUAUGCUAAAAACUUUAGUGGCUCGGUUUGUUUCCGCCAUGCUAUCCUCUCGCCGUUGGGAUACGAAACUGCCCUGUUUAGGGGACUUUCAGAAAACAUAGAUUGUAAUGGAGCUUCUGCCCAUGAUUUGUGGCAAAAUCCCAAUGAUAGAAAAACUGCACGGUUGUCCGAGUUCGGAGAGAUGAUCAGAGCAGCCUUUGGAUUUCCUGUGGAUAGACAGAACAUCCCAAGGACGGUCACUGGCCCUAAUGUCCUCUUUGUUAGACGUGAGGAUUAUUUAGCUCACCCACGUCAUGGCGGAAAGGUACAGUCUAGGCUCAGCAAUGAACAAGAAGUAUUUGAUUCCGUAAAGAGCUGGUCUUUGAACCACACGGAGUGCAAAUUAAAUGUGAUUAACGGAUUAUUUGCCCACAUGUCCAUGAAAGAGCAAGUUCGAGCAAUCCAAGAUGCUUCUGUCAUUGUCGGUGCUCAUGGAGCAGGUCUAACUCACAUUGUUUCUGCAGCACCAAAAGCGAUAAUACUAGAAAUUAUAAGCAGCGAAUAUAGGCGGCCCCAUUUCGCUCUGAUCGCACAAUGGAAAGGAUUGGGGUAUCAUCCCAUAUAUUUGGAUGGGUCUUAUGCAGAUCCACCAGUCGUGAUCGACAAGCUCAGCAGCAUUUUGAAAAGUCUCGGCUGCUAAAUUUGCUCAGACAGUUUGAACCGUUCGGCUUUUCUUUAAAAGACUUGAAUUUCGGAGCCUGUGAAUCGUGUAAAAUAUGUUUCACGUGCAGUUCUGUACUCAACUGCUGCAAUCUGGGGUUCACAAGCUUUGCAGUUUCCGCCAGUUACUAACUUAUUAGCCCACUUGGUUAUGGACUAUCAUAACGGCCGCAUCAAACAGAAGCAUGGAAUCCUGAUUGUGAAACGGUGAGCACAGUGAAGAGCAUAUUCUUUACGCACAGACGCGCGCAUAUGUAAAACAGUUUAGGUCGGUACGCUUCCUUACCAUUCAUUGUCAAUUGUUUUCGAUUAUUAUUAUUUUCGUGUUCUUGGAAGAGGUAGAUUAACAAAGAUGUUGAAGUAGCAGAUUAACAAGAACAUCAGUAUGGUGUUCAGUGAAGUCAUUGUUGUAACCAAACAAAAGAAAUGAGAAUUUGAAUGGAGAUUUUCGCGCUGUGUAUGUUUUUCUCCUAA